AUGGCUUCCCUUAAAAAAAAAGUCAUCGACUACUGGAUUUACCCGUCGAGCAAAGAAAACCCUGCCAAUGGCCACACUCCUCUCCCGUUCGCCUCGGCGCCUCCUCCGCUUCCCCAAGCCCCAAACCCUCUCCUCUCCCCAGCAUUGACCCCGCCUUCCCCUCCCCACGAUCUCCCGGCGAGGAUCCCGCCGCUGGGAUUCAGAGAGUCGGGAUGGAGUGCGCCGCCGCAGUGGCAGCUGUGGCACCGCGCCCUGUGCACACACUCCGACCCUCGGAGCUCCGGCACCUGCGACGCUGGCCUGGCCGCUGCUGCAGGCGCAUCGCCCGACGUCUCCCAGGCGUCCGCCGACAAGGGCGUGGGCGCCAACGGAGCGCACCAGAUGGCCGCCAAGAAAGGAGAUCCUGGGACUAGUGUGUGUAGGAAGGCCAUUAAAAUCAUGACGUACAAUGUGUGUUUCGGGCAGAACAUGGAACUGCACAGUAGAAUUCCUGCUAUUGGAGAUCUUAUAUGCCUCCAGGAGGUUACACCAGAGAUACAUGGGCUUCUGAAAAAAUCCGACUGGUGGGCAGAAUACAAAUGCUUGAUGCCACGUGAAAUGGAUAUGAGAUCAUAUUUCUGCAUGCAGAUGAGCAAAUUGCCUGUGGAUUCUUUCCGCGGCGUUCCAUUUUCCAAUUCAGCAAUGGGAAGGGAGCUGUGCAUGGCAAAUUUUAGCAUUGGCGGGGUGACCUUGGUGUUGGGUACAAGCCACCUAGAGAGCCCGCGCCGUGAGGCUCCUUGGUGGGAUCACGAUAUGAACAGAAACAAGCGAGCCGCCCAGGCGAAGGCGUCCCUCGAAUGGUUGGGAGGAUCACGGAACGUGAUAUUCUGCGGGGACAUGAACUGGGACGACAAGAUCGACGGGCCCUUCCCUCUGCCGAGCGGCUGGGUUGACGCCUGGGCUGAGCUGAAGCCGGGUGAAGAUGACUGGACGUACGACACGGUGGCCAACGCCAUGCUGUCUAAAGGUUUCAAGAAACUACAGCUGAGGCUGGAUCGGUUCGUGUGCAAGCUGCCGGAUUUCGAGGUCCAGGGCAUCGAGAUGGUUGGGACGGAACCGAUACCCGGCGUCUCGUACGAGAAGGCGAAGGAAUACAGCUUUAAGUCAAAGUCUAAGAAGAAAUUCAGCUGGGCGCGCGAGUGGACGCUGCCUGUGCUGCCCAGCGACCACUUCGGGCUCGUCUUGACGAUCGCCCCUCGGGAUGGAAGCAGUGCUCCGUCAGAGUAA